AUGUGUUUUAUCGGUCGACAACAAUGUGUUGAUGGUAUUGAUGAGGAUAAUUGUGGAAAUUUGGAAUAUAAUGAAUGUGAAAACGAUGAAUAUAGAUGUAGAAAUAGAGUGUGUAUUGACGCACAAUAUUUACUUGAUAGCGAUUACGAUUGUCCGGAUUGGUCAGAUGAACAAAUUGAUAGUGUUUUGCAUGAUAUUAAUGCUUGUCCAGUUAAACUAAGUUUAAAUUGUGAUGAAGGCUUUUUUUCGUCCGCUGAUGGUGAGAUUAUUACUGAAUAUAGUAGAUUUAAUAAACAAUCUUUUGACCGAAACUGUAAGAAUUACAGAGAUAGAAAUUUUAUGUGUGAAUUAUACUCGUCUCAUCCAACGUGGACGAGUAAAAAUGGCCAUUGUUUAGAAAAAGAAGACGAAAUCAAUGAGGAUGAAGAUAUGUGCAUAUUUUAUUUAAAAUGCACAUUAACGAAGAGUGAAAAACACAUUUCUUGUAAUUGUGAACGUCACGAUUGUAUUGAAAACAUGAAACAUUUUUGUAAGGAAAGACGCAAUAAUGUUUUCUAUCCAAUUAGUUAUAUUCUGGCUCCAUUGAUAUAUACAUUACAUGAUAUAGGGUGUCAAUUGUUUUGA